AGAGACGUGUUCUUGGGAUGGGAGGACUGCAAAACAACAAGAGGGAAAAAAACAAGAAGAAAGAAAAGGCAGAAGGAAAAAACAGAGGAGCUUCACAAGAUGGGAAGAUGAAACAUUGAGUGUUCAUAUCUGAACAGGGAUCAAGAGUGAGAGCACAGAGCAGAGGGAUGUGAAGCGUGUGAUCGAGUGGCACAAAGAAAAAGGGUGAAAAGUUGGGGGCCUAGGUGUGCUCAAGAAAGUUGGGUGGUUGCAACUGUGUGUGGGAAACAAAGAGGAGCAGUGAGAAGGGGCGGAGGCAGGAAAAAUGGGGAGUCCACAUGUGACUGCAGCAGGACACAGUUGGAGAGAGAGGUGUUUUUAAAGUGAGCAGAGAGGGGCAGAGUGUAUCCUUCCCUCUGUCCCCGGAGUAGGGCUGAUCAAGAGCCAGGAAAAGGGGAAGGGCCUCCGUCUCCUCCUCUCCAGCUGACAAAAACAGCUGCCCAGUAACCCAGGGAGCCUGGAGCCUGUUUAGAGGACGAGGGGACGAGGACACGGAGGGAAAGUGGAGGAGGUGGAGGGACAGAAGGAAGAGAGAGUGAGAGGAGGUGAAAAACGACACCGAGUCCAGGACCCUGUCCACCUAUAUGGGUUGCGUCCUGAGUUCGGACUGGUGCGGGGAGGAAGAGGUGCAACCAGUGGUCAGAAACUCAUCUCUGAAAAGGAGCCUGGAGAGGAGUGAGAGUGGCAGGAUGAGACUUACAAAGGCAGGCAAAGGAGAGCCCCACGUCUUCAAGGAGAAGACUUUCAAGAAGAAGCGGCAGUGCAGUGUGUGUCGGCAGAGCGUCGAUAACGUGGGCUCCUUCUGCAGAGUAUGCAAAACUGCCGCCCACAGGAAGUGCGAGGCAAAGGUGACCUCUGCAUGCAUCCCAGCUCCCCCCAAUGAUCUGCAGCGUAGAGGGACGGCUCCUUCUCGACACAUCCAGCACCUGGGAUCCACCAAAUCUUUAACCUACACCAAACAGAGAAACACCCUGCCAAGGAGCUUCAGCGUGGACCGUGUGAUGGAGCGAGUGAUGGAACGAAACUACGACUUCGACCUGACCUACAUCACUGAGAGGAUCAUCUCCGUCUUCUUCCCUCCGAAGCUGGAAGAGCAGAGAUACCGGCUGAACCUGAAGGAGGUGGCUGCCAUGCUCAAGUCCAAACACCAGGAAAAGUUUCUGCUCCUGAAUCUCUCUGAAAGGCGCCACGAUAUCACCCGACUGAACCCAAAGGUCCACGACUUUGGCUGGCCCGACCUCCACGCCCCACCGCUGGAUAAGAUCUGUGCCAUAUGCAAGGCCAUGGAGAACUGGUUGAACUCUGACCCCCAGCACGUGGUGGUCUUACACUGCAAGGGGAACAAAGGUAAAACAGGCGUCAUUAUCGCAGCCUACAUGCACUACAGCAAGAUCUCUGCAGGGGCGGACCAGGCUCUCAGUACUCUUGCCAUGAGGAAGUUCUGUGAAGAUAAGGUGUCCUCGUCCCUCCAGCCGUCCCAAAACAGGUAUAUAUAUUACUUUGGAGGCCUUCUGUCUGGGGCGAUCAAGAUGAACAGCAGCCCUCUCUUCCUUCAUCAAGUACUCAUCCCGUCGCUCCCCAACUUCCAAGGGGAAGGAGGUUACUACCCCUUCUUGAAAAUCUACCAGUCCAUGCAGUUGGUCUACACUUCAGGCAUAUAUGACCUUCAAGGCACUGGAGGCAGAAGACUGUGUGUGACCAUUGAACCAGCACUGCUGCUAAAGGGUGACAUCAUGGUCAAGUGCUACCACAGGCGAGCUCAAAGUGCUGACAGAGACACCGUGUUCAGACUGCAGUUCCACACCUGCACCAUCCACGGAUCCCAGCUGUGGUUUGGCAAAGGGGAGCUGGACGAAGCGUGUACUGAUGAGCGUUUCCCAUCUGAUGCCACAGUGGAGUUUGUCUUCUCCUCCGGACCAGAGCGGAUCAAAGGCCGUGAAUAUCACAAGAAUGACCCGGCUGUCACAGUGGACUACAACACCGCUGACCCCGUGGUUCGCUGGGAUUCCUAUGAGAAUUUUAACCAGCGAUACCAGGACAGCCUGGAAGAUAUUGCCCACACCAGAGGUCCUCUGGAUGGUAGCCUCUACGCUCAGAUAAAGAAGCGGCGAGGUCCAGGCUCUGGUUCCCUCACCUCAACCAACGGCAGCAUCGCAGGGGGAGUAGUUGCAGAAGACAGGCCCGAUCACCGCAUCACCCAAGGCUCUGACUCCGGCCUUUCAGCACAUUCCCUCCAUUUGAACCAGUCUUCUAUCCAUCCAGACCAUCAGGAGGAGUCCAAUCGUCCACCGCCGCCCACCAGACAGGAAAGGGAGGAGCUCGAACGUCUUCUCGGAGGCAUCGAGGGAAGCCGAGAUGGAGAGCGAGAGACCGCCAUUUUGGAUGAUGGAGAUUCUAUUCAGUCGGAGAGAACGGGGACACUGAGGCUCAGUCGGUCAUGUUCCUGCCGGGAUGGUUACCGGUCACAGCGCUGUGCAGAGCCAGGAUGCGACCGCACCCUUCUCAUGCCUAAUGGUUACUGCCUCGAUCGGGCUCCAGGGACCAACGGUCACCACGGGGCUCCUCCUUCGGCUAGCCCCAACCCCGCUGGUCCACCAUCACACAUGGAUCUGUGCCAACACUAUAGCCCCCACUCCCACCAGUCCCUCCCACCUCCAGAUCUGGUGUGGGACCGUCAGAGUGGCUCGCCGCACUACCUGCACCGCUCCUGCUCAGAGGCUCCGUCAUCGCGUCAUAUCUGUCCUUACCCAUCAGCAGAUCUUACCCCUCACGCUCACAACCACCCCCAUCACCACCCUAUGUCUGCCCCAGGCCGCCUUUGCUAUCGGGAAGAUGAGUACACACCCUAUCACCACCCUCCUCCACCUCACAGCCACCACCAUCCCCACCCGCACCAGAAACCAGCCACCAGCCCUACUUACCAUGACAUCAUGCUAAUGGAUGGUCUGCCGCCCCCUGGCUGUCCUUGCAGAGACUGCAGCAUGAGGAGAGAGGACUCGGCUGCCUAUCACACCCUCAGGAUGGAGCGUGGCGACAGCUUCCAUUGGGACAGAGAAGCGGAGCUUCAUCAGAGAGAGGUGGGGCUUAGGAGAACCAGGGAGGAGUUACCCAGGGGGUCAGAGGUCCACUGGGAAAGGGACCCAGGGCUGAGACGAGGCAGAGAACUGUCCCUUCACUGGGAGCGAGACAGGGAGGCGGAGCUGCAGUGGGAGAGGGACAGAGAGGCUGAAUAUUGGCACAGGAGAGCCACCGUAGCCUCCUAUGGCCCACAGGGCCAAGAUCUUCUAGCCUUUACCUUUGACCCCUUGCCAUCAGGUCACCCAGCUUAUCCAGAGGCAUCGAGGUCCCACGCUCAUUCCCACCUGGACAUGAAGUACAGCAGCAGCAGCAGUGGUUACCAGACACCACGUCAGGUGUGCCCCUGCUCACCUUACCAACCCUCACCGUCUGAGAGCAGGGGCUACGCAUCAGGCUACCAGUCCGAGUCCACGUCCCCGCUGCCUCCUGCUUCCGCUGUGAUGGGCCACUGCGGCCAUAGCAGCGGACCAGCAGAGCAUAACCACAACCACCAUCAUCACCAUCCAGACUCACAGCAGUCAUACAGCUCUGACUCACACACUGAUGGCCUCCGUAGUUCUGGUGAAAGCGUGGGCUGGAGGGAUCACAUUACCCAUGGUUCUUUUAAAAGGGUGCACAGAAACGGCCAUGCCGCGUGUUCCACACCAUCCGACAUGUCUGGAUCGCCCACUCCUGUUCACACCAGCAGUCCUCUAUGCACACAGGAAAGCCCCAGUCCAGGAAGGAGAGAGUAUGACAUUCGAACCACAGACAUCAUCAAUGACUACGAGGCCCCCCAGCCUCACGAGGGCCACUGUCGCACUAACGUCAUCCAGGAAUCACCGGAAAGGCAAAGAAGCAGCACAGAGCGCCUGGAGCCACACACCAAAGAAGCACAGUCACACACAGCCUCACCAAAACAAACAGAAUCCACCAAUCAGAGCCCUCCACCAACAAACCUGCCCCCAGCUGCUCCUCAACAGCAGCACUGUAGCUCAGAUAUGUCCUCAGCUCAUGAUUCUGUGACACCAACCACCACAAACCAAGCACACUGCCAGACACCUUCUUCCCCUGUCCAUACUUCACCUAUAUCAGAUGCACACCCUCAUCCCACUGGCCCGCUGCAGACCUUUACUCCUGCAGGAGCUGGUGGUCCACCAUCUGCCAUGUCACAGCCUCAGAGCCACACCCAAGUUACCAGCUCUGUGGGAGCAUCUGUAGCACAGGUUAAUGGAUCCUCUCCAACCAGGGAAUCUCACGCAGAGGUUCCUAAACACACCAGCACCACCAACCCAACAUCUUCUCCUGCACCGUCAUCCCCACAGCCUGGGCCCAGCAGCAUGGACGGCUCCCCUGUGUCUGAUGCACCAGUUCCCGGAUUCGCUACCUUGGGUAGAAGGUUGAUGCUGAGUGGGUCUGACCCCCACCACCACCUAAACCACACGCAACAACACGGACCCCCGCAUCACAACUACCAAGCCAGCACGGAGCACAGUGCAGCUGUAGACACAAACAAGAGGCCCUGCUACUCUCCUCACACCCCACAACCUCACCCAGCCUCCUAUUCCAGCUACACCACAAUCUCCAUCCCUCUUCCUCACCCCCAACCCCCCUUGCCAGAGAAGCGCCAUUUGCCUGGACAUUCGGGUUCACCCAGUGAUGGGGUGAAACCAGCUCACGUGCCUGCCUCCACUGCUGCGCAGCAUCAGCACCACGUCACGUUUUCUCCCACGGUGGGGGAAAUUGCACCCCCUGCUGGCCAAAAUGACCAAGUAGAGGCAGAAGCUGCGAACAGGGUCAGUGUGAAGUUUGUCCAGGAUAGUUCCAAGUUUUGGUAUAAGCCCAGCAUCUCUAGAGAGCAAGCAAUCGCAGCUCUGAAGGAAAGGGAGCCCGGCACUUUCCUAAUCAGGGACAGUAACUCGUUCCAGGGAGCCUAUGGGCUGGCUCUGAAGGUGGUUACACCUCCUCCCAAUGUCAGCAACCACAGCAACAAAGUGAGCGACCCUCUGGAGCAGCUGGUGAGACAUUUUCUCAUUGAAACUAGUCCUCGAGGAGUGAAGAUUAAAGGCUGUCAGAACGAGCCCUACUUUGGGAGUCUGUCUGCACUCGUCUACCAGCACUCCAUCACACCCAUCUCUUUGCCCUGCGCUCUUAAAAUCCCUGAAAAGGAUCUCAUAGGAGAGGUGCAGGAGGUUCAACCAGUCAGUAACAUCAGCACAGCUGCUGACCUGCUGAAGCAGGGAGCGGCCUGUAACGUCCUCUAUCUGAACUCUGUGGAAACAGAGUCCCUGACGGGCCCCCAGGCCAUUGCCAAGGCAACAGAUGCCACACUGGGUCGUAGCCCGCGUCCUGCUGCCACAGUCGUCCAGUUCAAAGUGACAUCACAGGGUAUCACGCUGACCGACAACCAGCGCAGAGUUUUCUUCAGGAGACAUUACCCAGUGAACAGUGUGACCUUCAGCAGCAUCGAUCCAAAGGACAGGAGGUGGACUAACUCAGACAACACAACUGUUAAAGUGUUUGGUUUUGUAGCCAAGAAGCCCGGCAGCACGGCAGAGAACGUCUGCCACUUAUUCGCUGAGUUGGACCCCGACCAGCCUGCUUCUGCCAUCGUCAACUUUAUCAACAAGGUCAUGCUGUCUCAGCGCCGAUAGAGGGAGACAAAGAGAGGAAAACACUCUGAAAAAGAGGCACAGGCAACAUAUACAGUCGCCCUGCCAAGGCCGUUACUGUUCAUUUAUGACUCUGUGCCUUUGCUUUUUGAUGAGGAAUGUUGUUGAGUGUUUGAAGCCAACUUAAAAUCCGUGUGAGAUUCCUUCUGGUUGUUUAUUUGUUUCUUUUACAAGCCAUGAUGUACAGUGUUACAACUCCAAGUUUGAGGAGGCUUCAGAGGAAAUGGCUUUCCAACAAAGCAAACAAGCAUCUACCAAGGGCUGCUAUCAUGAAGCAAGCUAACUUUAGGUUUGCACUAUCACAAAGUCGGCUCACUUUUAACUGUCUUAGGUUUUUUGGUAGCUACAAGUGGCCUAUUUGACCAACACAGAAGCAGGUGAAACAGGGCUUCAGAGUCCAAAGUCACUGGGUCACAUUUGUCUUUUGUAUCCCAUCUACGAACCUUGAGGCGUGAGGACUAGUGUUGUGAAGCCUCAUUUAGACAAUACUUGGACAAGAGGACAGAGGCUUAAUACAUCUCAGUCAUAAGACUGAGCCCAGAAAAGUAUACCCUGCUUUACCACCUGUUUCACUCUAAAUAGUACCGUAAUUUACAAAAUGAAAAUGAUUGCAGGAGAGCUGAAAUUACCAACUGAUAUCACAAACCUGUAAGGGAAUUUCAAUUCAGUUUCAUUUAUAUAGCACCAAAUCACAACAGCAGUCACCUCAAGGCGCGUUAUAUGGUAAAGAGCCUACAAUAGUUCAGAGGAAACCCAACAAUCAAACCGCCCCUGUGAGCCAGCACUUGGCAACAGUGGGAAGGAAAAAACUCACUUUUAACAGGAAGAAACCUGCGGCAGUACCAGGGAGAGCCAUCUGCUGGGACCAGUUGGGGGUGAUAGGACAAAAGACACUCUGUUGAACGUUUACUGAGCUCUUGAAUCAGGGCAGAGGAAGGGUCGGUUUCUCUAAGAGUUGUACAUUUGAAUCUGACUGGCCAUGAGAGAGAAAACAAGUUUAAAGUCCAUCUGGAUUGUCCAAGUCUUCUUUUUUUAAUACAAUCCAUGGUACCUCGGUUUCAUUAAGGAGCAUUAAUACAUUGUCAAGGCUUUCAUAACAGCAUCUUAUUCCAUUGUACUAAUCAAAUUAUUUGUUUUAUGUUAGGGGAGGUCUCAGUGUUUCCUUUAUGUUGCCAUGAAGUCCUCCAUGGUUGAAUAUCAUCUAAAGACUUUUUGUUUGCCAUUUAGCCUUGAAAUUUGCAGACAUACACAUGGAUACAAACCAUUUUAUAACUGGCUUGUAACUGGCCUCUCCUUUCCUGCUCUAUGAUGAAUAGACGGGAAACCAGAUUUAGCUGAGCUAGCUGAUAAUGAGCUUCAUGACUGUGGGUAUCCAGGCUCACUGAACCCUGUCAGAAUGUCUUUGUUGGUCCAGGCCCGUUUUAAUAGUUAAGCAGAGCUUUUAUGACCUCAGUCCUGCCAGUUUCCAGUAAACCAGUGACAGCGCUGAAGUGCUGCAAACGGCUUUGUGGUAGCAGUUACAAAGACGAUGCAUGCUUGCACCAGUAUAGGCUGUAAAAGCCUUAAGGAAGGUCACCAUUCAAAUAUAAUGAUUUCCUUUAAAAAUGACUGGUGUUCAUAUUUUGUACUGAAACAAAACCAUGUAUUUUUUUUUCUUUGUUACACCAUGACCAAAGCCCUGAUGAUGUAAUUUACUCUCUGUAUCUUUGAGAUGUUCGGGUGUUCACAUGUAUGUACAGCACAUUUACAGUCACGCCUGCCUUCAGUAGCUCGUUUAUCAGUGUAACACUUUUAAUCAGAAAUCGACAAUCGUGGGUUUUUGUUUUUCGUUGAUUUGUUUUCCACUCAUACACUUCUAGUAAAGCAGACAGAGGAAUAACUAACGAAAGGAAAAAGGAAUGUGAGGUUUUUUACCUUUUAACAAGUGUAUGCGUUAGGGAGAGGCGUGUGUGUGUGUUGAGGGUGUUCAGGUAAAUAUGCAGGCAGGUAUUGUUACGUCCACUUUUAAAGACUUGUAUGUGAAAAGGGGAAAAAGCUAGUUGUGGGAGGACGUAUAGGAUAUAAGCACACCAUUGCCGUGAAAUGCUUGCUGGGUUUUUUAGUUUUGGGGGGGUUUUUUGUCCCCCACCCCGCCAUCUGCUUCGUGUCAUGACCAAAGGCAGUAUAAAAGUUAUUCACACAAAUAUAUAACAAAGAGAAGACACACACACAUAAGAAAGUGACCUAAAGAAAGAUGUACUUAACCAAAGAUGAAGCACUCUUGUAUUAAUAAGCUUUUUAUCAGUUAUAUUUUUGUACUUAUUGCUUCUUUUAUUUUUACUAUGCAUUUAUUUAGUGUGUUGCCUUGUUUGGUAGAGGAAAAAAAACACUACUUGUAUUACAGCGAUAAUAUAUUGUGGUCUGUUGAUCUAUUAUGUAGUAAUAUAUUUUCACAUGCAGCUAUAGGACAGUGUAUAAGAUAUAAAAAGGAAACAUGUUUGUCUGGAAAGGUUAUUACGCUCUUUUUAUAUGGAAGAAGAUGAAGAAUAGAAUUAAACUGAAGUGAUGUGGUACCUGAA